GUCGUCUCCGGCGCUAUGGACGCCGCUGUUCCCGUCGCAGAUCGUUGUCGCUCUGCUUCCACCACUAUCAAUGGCACCCUUCUCAAUUGCCUCACGUGUCACUCCAGCGGCUAAAGAGGGUCAGGCUUCCUCGACAUAUUCCACGGUCGCAGAUGAUGACUGGACCGUCGUCGCAUUGCCAAACGGAGGAUACGUCCUCACGCUUGUUCUCGAAGCGUCCAUCAAGCACCAAAGCGGUACCGACCAACCGGACCCUCUGCAUAUCUCCGCGCACUUCCUGCAGCCCACGAAGAUAAAGACGCCGACCGAAAUUCAAGUGAGGGUCCUCAAGGCGGGGCGGAACUAUGUGAAUAUCUUGGCAGACCUCGUGCAAGCAGGCCGCGCAUGCGUAACGACUCAUAUCAUCUUCGGCAAGGUCCCCGUCCGCUCGCACCCAAUCAUCGCACCCUCAACAGGCUAUGCGCGCCGCCUGCCCCUGCUUCUCGACCACCCUUCGCUGCUCAAGCCGACACACAUGCCCUCCGCCUACGUAUUCUCGAAGCACCUGCAAUGGUCCGAGGACUCAGUCUUAAAGAAACAGAACGAGGCGAAUCAUGCGCGGACACCGGGCGGCGGGGUCGCGCUUUGGGGCGCCUGGAUCGAGCUGAAAGGAGAGAGCGAGCGGGUGACACCGGCCUCGCUGGCCUUCUUCGCAGAUUGCAUACACAACAUGGCGACGCUGUACCCGUCGUAUGUCACGGGUAUCGAUCUGUCCAAAGGACUCUGGUCACCUACGUUGACAAUGAGCUUGGAAUACAAAACGCCCAUUCCCUCUCCCUCGGAUGGAUACGCCUCACGGACCGUCGGGGUCUAUGUCAAGAGCGGAUACCUGGCCGAUCCGCAAAACAGACACAACAGCAUCGUGGAAAUCUGGUCCGCGCCGUCGAACAUUGGAGAGGGGAAGAUAGAUGAAGACUGGCAGGGCGCACAAGUGUGCCUGGCCACUGGGUCGCAGAUGCAGCUGAUGGUCGAUGGUGCUGUCAACAAGAAAGCUGGAAGAGCGAACUUGUGAUUACUUUAUUGAGCGGCCAUUCGGAUACUUGGUCUGCAUCUAAUUCGCCUAAUCUGAUCUAAUUUUCGCAUGCUGUUGACCCUUUCAGUCGAGAACCGAAGCCGACGAACCAUCGCCGCUCUUCGAUGCCGUUUCAACACACGACUGCUUGCAGGCUCGAACGGUCUUCGCCGGCGAGAUCAUGCGGCUUAGUAAUCAUGCCACAAGUCAACAUCAUGCAAUGCAUGUCGAUAAGUGAUCCAAAAAUAGCACUCACAUAGAGCCGCGGCCCGAUGCGCACCAGGCGAGAAGCCGCUCGGCGUUGGCCUACAGCCACUUCGUACAUAUCUGCACCAAGCGGCACCCGUCGUUACUGAUACUGGGGAAGAUCUCUCACGGCUUCCUCGCCCCCCUGACGACGCAGCGACAACGACUCGGGAUAUCGCACUAUGUGCAUGGAGCAACGAAAGCAUCUCCGAUGCGCAUCCGGGACCGUCGUGCUUCUCACUCUCCACAUGCCCCAACGCAGCAUGUGUAAUUGUCUCAAGAUAUGUCCGCCUAUAAGAAUGCGACGCAAGAGCACACGACGGCAAGCUUCGCAAGACGCUCGCCCCUGGAAAUGCUCGCUCUCGCGUUCCUCACUGUCGCACUGACCUUGGUGUCUGCAACACCGCUGUUGGACAACUACGUCGUGCAUGAGAGCAGAGAAGCGGCUCCGCAAGGCUUUGUCGUUUCCAGCGUCGCGCCUGGGGAGACGAAUCUCGAACUCAGAAUCAACUUGGCCCAGAACAACAUCGCGGGAUUGGAGUCUCGUCUGCUGGCGGCUGCCACCCCGGGGAGUGAUACCUACGGACAGUGGCUCUCUGCAGACGAGGUAAACACAUUCUCCACACCAUCUGCAGAGACGUCUGCGGCGGUUUCUGCGUGGCUUUCGUCGCACGGUGUCCAGUCAACCAAGUCCUCACCUUCCGGCGACUGGAUCUCCGUCAACGUCCCCGUUUCGAAGGCGAAUGAGCUGCUGGGCGCCGACUACCAUGUCUUUACCCACACUGCGAGCGGCAAGACGUCGAUCCGCACGCUCUCGUACUCGAUCCCUGCCUCGCUGAAGGACCACAUCAAUGUCGUGACGCCGACCACGAGCUUCAGCCGUCCCCGCCAGGCGCUGUCCGUCACAGCCAUCAAGAGCGAGCCGCAGGAACGGGCCAAUAUUUCCUCCGACGCUGUGCCCUCCUCCUGCAAAAAGACGAUGACCCCAACCUGCUUGCAGGCGAUGUACAAUAUCCCGACGACCCCUGCGACGAGCAAGUCCGGGUCGAUUGGCGUGGCCGGGUUUGACGACCAAUGGGCUAGCAAAGCGGAUUUGACUCAGUUCCUCAAGGCCCAGCGCAAGGACAUGAGCUCCGCUACAUCGUUCGGAUUGACUUCGGUGGACGGCGGCGUCAAUGACCAAACUCAGGGCGAUGCGGGUGACGAGGCCGACUUGGACAUCCAGUAUACUGUUGGACUGGCCACCGGCGUUCCCGUCACCUUUGUCUCGGUUGGUGGGAACAACAAGGACGGCGCUGACGGAGGGUACCUCGAUAUCAUCACGUCUCUCCUUGCCGAAUCUGCGCCGCCUCAAGUGCUGACGACAAGCUACGGCUUCAAUACCGAAGGAGACCUGUCCAAGUCGCACACGGUUGCCAUGUGCAACUCGUACAUGCAGCUGACUGCUCGCGGUGUGUCGAUCCUGUUCGCCAGCGGUGACGGAGGCGUGGCUGCAAGCCCAGGCGAAUCGUGCACGGGCAAGCCUUUCUUCCCAACCUUCCCGACUUGCCCCUACGUCACGCUUGUGGGCGCGACAGCCGGCACACCUGAAACCGGUGCAGGCCUGUCUGCCGGUGGAUUCUCCAACUAUUUCCCCGUCCAGUCCUGGCAGAAAUCGGCCGUCAGUUCAUACAUCAGCUCGAUCGGCACGCAAUACUCUGGCCGAUACAACGCAUCUGGCCGCGGCUUCCCCGACGUCUCCGCUAUCGGCCAGGCUGUUGAGAUCAUAUACAAUGGAUCGGGGGCCAAAGUCGACGGAACGUCCUGCUCGUCGCCCAUCUUCGCGUCCGUCAUCGGGCUGAUCAACGACCGGUUGCUGGCUGCCGGGAAGCCCGUGCUGGGAUUCCUGAACCCCUGGGUGUAUGCUAAUCCGCAGAUGUUCAAUGACAUUACGUCUGGAACAAACCCCGGCUGUGGCACGAAAGGAUUCUCUGCAAAGGCUGGCUGGGACCCCGUCACGGGCAUGGGGUCGCCCAACUUCCCCGCCAUGUUGACUGCUGCUGGUCUUUAAUUUGGUUUUAGAGUAUAUGUACUCGCAUGUAAAAGACGUGUAUCCUUGGUGCCUCAGAGCGAUAGAUGAAUUGACACGGUACCCACUGUCUCUGUGAUGCUCAAGUGCAUGGACCUAGAGCCAUGUCGAUUGCUUAACACAUUCCUCAGUGGAGGAUCCAGA